CUCCAUUUUGUGAUUCCUUUUUCCUUCUGAACCCUCCAGUGGGGGUACGAGUUUGUCUUUAUUUCCCCCACUCCACUGCCGCCUUUUCUUCUCGCUUUCCUCCCCCUCCCCAGCUCGGCGUGUGCUCCAUUCUUUUCUCACUCUCCAUUCAUUUCUAUUUAUUCAUAUUUAUUUGGCGCCCGAUCUCCUUUCUCUCCAUCCCUCCUCCCUCCGGAUCCCGCUCUCUCCCCGGAGUGGCGCGUCGGGGGUUUCGCCGCUGGCCAGGCGUGAUGUUGCACGUGGAGAUGUUGACGCUGCUGUUUCUGGUGCUCUGGAUGUGUGUGUUAAGCCAGGACCCGGGCUCCAAGGCCGUCGCCGACCGCUACGCCGUCUACUGGAACAGCAGCAACCCCAGAUUCCAGAGGGGUGACUACCACAUUGACGUCUGUAUUAAUGACUACCUGGAUGUUUUCUGCCCUCACUAUGAGGACUCUGUCCCUGAAGAUAAGACUGAACGUUAUGUCCUCUACAUGGUAAACUUUGAUGGCUACAGUGCCUGUGACCAUACUUCCAAAGGCUUCAAGAGAUGGGAAUGUAACCGGCCUCACUCUCCAAAUGGACCGCUGAAGUUUUCUGAAAAAUUCCAGCUCUUCACUCCCUUUUCUCUAGGAUUUGAAUUCAGGCCAGGCCGGGAAUAUUUCUACAUCUCAUCUGCAAUCCCAGAUAAUGGAAGAAGGUCCUGUCUAAAGCUCAAAGUCUUUGUGAGACCAACAAAUAGCUGUAUGAAAACUAUAGGUGUUCAUGAUCGUGUUUUCGAUGUUAACGACAAAGUAGAAAAUUCAUUAGAACCAGCAGAUGACACCGUACAUGAGUCAGCCGAGCCAUCCCGCGGCGAGAACGCGGCACAAACACCAAGGAUACCCAGCCGCCUUUUGGCAAUCCUACUGUUCUUCCUGGCGAUGCUCUUGACAUUAUAGCACAGUCUCCUCCCGUCACCUGCCACAGAGAACAUCAGGGUCUUGGAACACCAGAGAUCCACCUAACUACUCAUCCUAAGAAGGGACUUGUUAUUGGUUUUUGGCAGAUGUCAGAUUUUUAUUUUCCUUUUUAUUUUUUUCCAGCCUGAAUUCUAAGCAACAACUCGGGGGGUAGGGGGGCUAAAUUAGUUGCUGCCUCUCUUACCCCAGCCCGCCCCCGAGCCCUUGCCCAUGACGACUCUCACUCCUUCCACAUUAAAUGGACUCCAGAUGAAAAGCCAAGUUGUCGUAGUGACGCCAGUGGUCCGUCCGCUCCUGUGUGUUCUCCUCUAAGAGCUCGCCUCCGCUAGUGCCAUGUAUCAGCGGUAUAUGGACGAGGAAGAAUAGUGGCAGAUGCAGCCAGUGAUGGCUAGGCCCAGGAGGGUUUUACUCUCCGAUACAAUAUUUAUGCCUUCUCAUUCAGAACUGUAAGAUGAUCGUGCGGGCAUCGUGUCACCAUGUCAGGUCCAGAGGGGAGGUAUUAAGAAUAGAUAUAAUAUUACACCGUUUCCUCUAGGAGUGUAUAAAUGAACAGGCUUCUAAAAGGUUGAGACACUGGUUUUUUGUUUU